CCGGUGCAUCGCGUGUAUGUGGGUAAACGAAAUAUAAACAUUUUAUUGUAUCAACACUGCAGUGUCCGAUUUACGUACGAAAGUCACAGUGUUCAAUAUAUAAUAUACGAAAAUAUCGCAUGACGUGCCAUCUCUGCGAUCCGUCCAAUUCAAAUAUUAUAUUAUUCAUAUUAUUAUAACACGGUUGUCGUCAUAUUAUAAUAAUAUUAUAUUGACGUUUUGAUGGAGGCCGUCGAUGGCGGCAGGCGCGUCACCCGUCGGUUUACGCAAACGACGGUUUCGGUUUGACAUCAGUUUCGAACAAUAAUAAUAAUAAUAAUAUAACGCGGGCGCAACAGACUACACCUGAAUUUACAAUAUAACAUAAACACGAUAUAUACCCAUGUUGUUAUCAUAAAGAUAAUAGAAGACAACUCAACUUCCGGUCAGUGUUCCUAAUCCUCUCAUCUUCUGGACCAUAACGAGACAUAUAUUACUAUUUGCAACUCGGGGCCACGACCAGCACUCAGCAGCAGCAGUACGUCCUAUAACAAUGAUAUUGCAGUUGUAGCGCCAACCAGACAUCAGUAAUUGACCUCAGUACUGGUACAGUUCAUACAGAAGAUAGUUCAUAAAUAUUUCACAUUUCUAAAUGGAUGGAGUUCAGAGAAAUUUCAGUAUGAUGGCCGAGAAAAUCGAUAGAAUGCGAUGUUUAAGGGAGCGAUGCGACAAUUAUGUCAGACUAAUAAAACUAACACUUGAUGAAACGAUAAAAGAACAAAAUUCGAUUUUGGAUGGAUCAGCUAUUCAUAACAGACUAAAAUAUCUAGGUGUAAUGGAUAAACCUAAAUCAUUAUCAAACACAUUCAAUACUGAUAAAUAUCAUAAGAAUAUAGAUUUUAAUAACAAAUACAAGUAUUUAGUGUUUGACGAUGAUUUUGUUUUUAGACAACAUAAAAAAAAAUCUAACUUAAAUACAAAUGAUAUGUAUUUAUCAAAUGAUUAUAGCAGCUACAAUACUAACUAUAAACCCCGAGUUCACGACUUUUCAACGGUAUAUGAUGAUCAGCGUAACACAUAUUAUAUGCCAAUCAAUUCUAAAAAAUAUGGAAAAACCAUGAACUUUCGAACGCCGGAUACUCAAGAAUACCAAGUAUAUUAUUUUCCUACAUCAAAACCUAUAGCUCAAUAUCCUCGACAAACUACUGAGAGAUUUUACAGACGAAAACCUAUUAAGCAAUACCCAAAAGAAGAAGUUCCUUAUUGGCCAACACGGUAUCCAAAGCCAGUGAGAGUUAUAGAACGAGAGCCAUCUUAUUCAAUGAUCGAUUAUGGUUACCGAAAUACAAAUGAUUAUCGCAUUGGUAAAUCAAAUAUUCAGCCAUAUACACCUGAACAUCGUUCAAGAUAUUAUCCAACAAAUGACAAUAAUAUUUAUCACGGUCAUGAUGAUAGUGAUUAUUAUUAUGAACCUCAUUCGGGGCAGCGAUCGUUUUCUAGUAUAACAAGACCAUGUUCACCAGUAUAUCAUCGAGAUAUUUUGUGUGAUAGAACUCAAAUAGAAAAUUCCAGCAGUUUACUUGAAAAAAAAAUCCGAGAUUAUGUAUGGAACCCACACAAAGAACGUAUUGAAAAGUAUACGAUUCCAAGUUAUGAAAAAUCCACCUAUUAUACCGAUUUCAAACCAUUAAAGAUUAAACACCCAGGAGAUGAAACAUUCAGAACACGUUCACCAUUAGGACUAGAUUACCGGUCACGCAAUAGAAAAAACGAAGUAACCAAAGAAAGUGAGUAUAAAAAAAACUCAAUACUUACGACGUCACCAGAAAGAAGAUCUGCAGAUGACGAAUAUAUUCAACCGAACAAAGACAAUGAUCAUUAUUCUGAAUCUACAAUAUAUAAAAAAAAAACUGAAACACCUUCGACUUUUUCCAAGCGAAUUAGUUUUGAUCUCGGUAAUGAACAUAUUGAUCUACCUAAUCAUACAAAUUCAAUUGAAGAAAAUACUAAUGAAAAUUAUAACACGAAAGACCAAAAAUUAGUUUUGGGAAGAAAAGAAUCAAAUGCGAAACUCGAUGAUAAGCGUCGAACAUCGUUAUUGACAAAAGAUGAUUACCCAGUUUCCAUAAGCAAACAAAAGAUUUCACCAAGUCAUACAAAUGUAAGCUCAAGAAGACAAUCUUUAAGUAAACAAGAAAAGUUAGCUUCAAUUGGAGAUUCUUUUGAAUCUGAUAAAUAUAUAAAUUUGAAAAAUAAUUUUCAAGGAAAUGAUACUAGUUUGUCAGAAGAAAACGUACAUUCUUACAAUAACGAUAGAAUAAAUUAUGAUGAUAAUAAUGAUAUUCAGAUUUAUCCGAAGACACAAGAUGAUAAAAACAAUGUUAUGCUUAAAGAUAUAUCAAUUGAAAAUACAUACCGUAAUCUCAGACGUGAUAGCAAUGAAAAUAGCAAAAAAAAAUUGUUCGAGACAACAGAAAAACCAAAUUUUGGUUAUCAAGAUCAUACAGAAAAUUCUAUGAAUAUAAACGAUAACUUAAAUAUCACUAAACGCAGAGAAAGUUACAAGGGCGAACAAAAGUUGAAAAAAGAAAAUACUCAUGGUAGUACAACAAGUUCGAAUGGAAUGGAUAAUAAAUUAGAGAAUGAAUAUAAUAACAAAAAUGGUACAAAUGUAUCGUCUAAAAAUAGAAUUAGCUCACCCAUAGUUGAUCAUAGUAAUGGCAAUAGUAAUAUGAGCGAAAAUGAAACUGAUAACCAACAACAGUUUAAUAAUAAAAAUGAUAGUGUAGAAAAACAAAACAAUUCUGAAACUAUUCAACCAUAUAAUGUUGUUAAUGAUUCAACCAAUGAAAUAGAUAUUACUAAUACCGUAACACAAGUAAGUUCUGAUUUCAAAACAAUUCCAAAAGACCAAGAACCGUUGCAUGAUGUUUCGAAUAAUGACCUUACGAAUAAUACAAAUUAUUAUCAAGAUCAUCCUGAUGACGACGACACAAAGGAACCCCCAACUCAUGAGUAUGAGACACAACCGGAACAUGUUGCUAACGACGAACACUUUUAUACAGACGAGCUCGUUGACGGUAACAAAGAAGUCGUAAUAAACAACAACAUUGAACCCAUUCAACAAGACGAAUUUGAUGACAAAAACAAUGUUCACGAUGAGUAUUAUUAUCAAAAUCCUACAGAUGACAAAGAAGAAAAUCUAAUGGAAAACCAAUACGAGAAUCCCGAUUCUCAAGUAAAAGAUGUCGAAAAACAACACGCUAAUGAUGAUUAUUACUAUCAAAAUUAUUCUAAUGUUGACCAACAAGAACAACCAGAAAAUCAAUAUUCCAAACCAGCUGUAGAAGGAGAAUAUACAGGUGAGCACGUUGAGCACGACGAUUAUUACUAUCAAAAUCAUGCUGGAGAUGAAAUAAAAGAGCAACAAGGAGAUCAACAGUAUGUUGACCCUAACUAUCAGGAAAAUUACGUUGAUCAACCACCGGCUAACGAUGACUAUUAUUAUCAAAACUAUUCUAAUGGUGACCCAAAAACACAACCAGAAAAUCAAUACACCGCCGAAUCUGAUCACCAAGGAGAGUAUGUAGCUGAACAAAAUAUGGUCCAUGACGAUUAUUAUUACCAGAAUCAUCCAAAGGAAGGUAAAAAUGAAAAUCAAGUUGAUCAACACUAUCAAGAGCAUCAAGGAAAUUAUGCCAAUGGAGAGCAAGACAAUUAUUAUUACGAUAAUAAUUCUAAUGCUAACACAGAAAGGCAUCCUGAAGACCAAUAUGACGAAAAUGCUCAACAGGAAACAUACACAAGUGAUCAGCACACAAAUGACGGUUACUAUUAUCAAGAAGGCAACACAAAUUACGACGAGACUGUCCCAAAAGAACAAUAUGAUGGUUAUGUUGAUAACAAUCAGGACGCAAAUGCAGCUUAUUAUACAGAUCCAAAUGUCGAAAAUUAUGACCAACAACAACAUGAUUAUGAAAACAAUAGUUACCCAACACAAAAAUCAGAAUAUAUAGAACCAUAUGAACAAAAUUCUAACAAUGAAAAUAAUGGUUAUUCUGAAAACAUCGAUGAAAGUCAACCAACGAGUCAAAUUGCCAACGAACAAAAAUAAUUUUAAUUUAAACGAUCACAGAGAUUAAUUAGGAAAUACUAUUUUAAUACUAUAUUACUUUAUAUUAUAUUAUAAUAUUAUUAAAUAUAAAAUAAGUAAAAUUAAUAUUAAUAUUUAUUUACAGAAAAAAAGUAAUCCGGUCUUGUUACUAUUGUUUUAUGUGAAAUUGACUGUAAAAUAAAUCGUAAUAUUGAAUCAUCUAGUACAUUUAUUUUUAUAACGUUAAAAUGAUUGAACAUUUUUGUUGUUAAAAAUAGUUAGGUACAGUUAAUAGUUUUAUGUGUAAAUUAAAUCCAUAAGUUAUUUAUUUCCUCAUAUGUUUAUUAUAUCAUAGUAAAAAAAAUUAACAAGAAUAAGUAUAGGGUAAGUACCUAAGUAAAUAAUAGUUCGGUAUACUAUCUACAGGCGUUUUUACAUAAUAUGUAUAAAAGCAAAUUAUCACUUAUGUUAACUAAACAACAAUUAUUUAACGAUUUUUCGUAAUUUUGAAUAAAAAAUGGAGGCAAUAAAAAUAAACUAAAUUAAAAAUUACCUCGUUGUAUUGUCAACAAAUAUCAGGGUGACUGUUGUAGCUACUUUAAUGUUGUUUAAUUGUACAACUCCGGAAUACAAACAAUAUCUAAUAGGUGCUCAGUAACAGGAUGUAAAAUUAUUUAUUUUCGUCCAUUUUGUUGUUUGUUUUAUUGGAGUUAGUAGCACUCAAAUACCUUUACCCAAUACCAUAAUGAUUCCAUUAUUUUGCAUAGAGAUUGAGCAUUACACCUAUUACAUAUUUUGCCAUUAUUACCUAUAUCCUUAUAAUAGGUCAGCCACGUUUUUGUCGUUUUGAAACACAUAUUAUGUCGUUUAUUCUCCUGUUAAGUCUUUUUUCGCUUAUUUUUUCGUAGGCUCUUAUUGCCAAAUGCAUUUCAUUAUAGUUCAAAUGUUCAAUACUCAAAUAAUAUUUAUUUAUUUUUUUAUUGCUGGCACAUAGCAUAUUGAUAUAUUAUAGUUACUACUGAGUGGGGUGUAGCAUAUCGACCCAUACAUGUGUAAUUUGUGUAAUACGAAAUUCGUUACCGGUAGACGGUUGUAGGUACCUACCAAAUAAUAUAGCGUAUGUAACGACUUAUAAUUUGUAACAGUACCUAUAUACACUGUUUUUGUUGAUAAAAAAUUUAAUUUUGUGAAAUUUCUUUUUUUUGAUCUUAUUAUAUAAAUAAUUUUUGAUGUAUUAAGCUUUGAUGUUUUUCAAUGGCUGUGAUAAUAAUUUAUCAGUUAUGGACUUAUGGUUAAGAUUUUAAGGCCACGGUAUCCGAUAAUUUUAAACAAAUAUUAUGUACCUAACUAAUAUUAUUCUCCUAAUUAUAUAUUUUAUUAUAUUUAUUUAUAUCGAUUAUUUAAAAAUUUUAACAAGACUACCUAAAAUAUAGGGGAAAAACAUAUUAUGCAUAAUCAUUGUUUAUUUAUUAAAAUGUG